AUGACCCCCCCGGGAACGCCGCCCGCGGCGGGCGGCGCCGGGGACCCUCCCCCGGUCACGAUUCGCGUCACGGUGAAGAGCCCGUUCAACACGUCGGUCGUGGACUUCGCGACCGAAUUCCCCGCCGCGACCGCGACGGUGGGGGACCUGAAGCGACAGAUAGAGGAGCAACACGAGGGGAACCCGCCCGCGGCGACGCAGAGGAUAAUCCACGCCGGCGCGCUGCUGCGCGACGACGCCGCGCUCCUGAAAGACGUCCUGAAGUCCGCGGAUCUGAGCGUCCCGCAGGUUUUCCACAUGGUGGGCGCGUCCCCGACGACGACGCCGGCGCGGUCGCGAUCCGAGGGGGUUCGAAGAUCGCCGGAGGAGCGCAUGCGGCCGCCGCCGGGUGACGCGGCGACGCCGCCUUCGCCGCCGCCGCCGCCUCUCGCGGGCGCGCAGCCGAGGGGACGAUUCCAUCAGGGCGCCGCGACGCCGACGCCGACGCCGCCGCCGCCGCCGUCGAGCGGCCAGGUGCGUUCUAUACACUGGUCCCCAUACGACCCCGUUGGCGUGGUGAACGCCAUUCCUUAA